AUGUCAAUGAAGGCGGAAGCCCCUAUUAGAUCCGAGAUGGUUGAGCGAGCCGACAGACACCACGGCUUGCCAUUGCUUCCGCAUCCGUCAGAAGAUGAGAGGGAUCCUCUCCGAUGGCCUCGGGGUCUCAAAUUGGCAAGCCUUAUGGCAACUUCCUUCUUCAAUUUCACAACGAACUUUGCUGGUGCUGGACUAUCUGUCGCCACAGUGCUUCUUGAACAUCAGUUCAACAAAACGCCUAACCAGGUCAACAGCCUGUUGACCGUGCGUUUCACAUAUCACAUACGUUUAUUCAAUUGGCUAAUGGAACAGUUCAACUUUCUCCUCCUCGGUGUGGGAAACCUGUUCUGGGUUCCCGUCGCCAUCAAGUACGGGAAGCGUCCGACGCUCCUCAUAUCCAUGGUGCUCUUGUUCGGUAUCCUUAUCUGGACAGCAAAGGAACCGACGUUCGCGGGGCUGUUGGCCGCCAGAUGCCUUUCUGGCUUUGUCUCUGCUGCAGGAGAGAGUAUCGUCCCUGGCGUGGUUUCGGAUAUAUUCUUUUUGCACGAACGUGCCGCCAUGAUGUCAGCAUACACCCUCCUCAUAUCAAGUGCAACAGCGAUCGGGCCGCUACUGGCAUCGUUCAUUACCCAAUAUAGUCCGGGCUCGUGGCGUGACUAUGUGUGGGUAUGUGCGGCGUUGGCUGGAGCUAACGCGCUGGUCAUAUACCUCGUGUGCCCCGAAUCUAACUAUAACCGUGAAAUAAUGACACCAACCCAUAUAUCUUUGCUGAAUACACGAUACGCAGAGGAUAUUAGCGAAGCUGGAGAAAUUGUCCGCAUGGACACGACCUCUUGGCACCAUGUCAACGUCGUGAAAAAACCUUGGACUGAGAUAUGGACAUCUUUCAUCACUGUCGACCAUAAAGUCAAUCUUCUCGUGGCAUUCUGGCGUCCAGUCCAGAUGCUGUCUCGACCAGCUGUUUUGUUCGCUAUCUUCCUUUAUGGAACCCACCUGGCAGCUCAGAUCAUUCUUAUAUUUGCGUUCCCGAGCCUACUUAUGUCUCCGCCUUAUCUGUUCUCUGGGAUUCAAGUUGGUUUAAUGCAGGUUGCCGCUCUUGUAGGACUUGCCAUCGGGUGCUUCGCCGGAGGCUACGCUGCCGACUUGAUCACAGCUGAAGCCAUAGCCCGACAACGUGGUGAUGUGUACCCAGAGCAACGGCUCAUUGCUCUUCUACCAGGCUGCAUUGUCGCUCCGAUCGGGUGUAUCGUGAUUGCUUUUGCCUGCGCACAGAAGCUGCACUGGGUGGCUAUUGCGUUCGGUUUCGGAAUGUUGUCUUUCGGAACGAUAUACGCUCCAAACAUCGCGAUCACGUAUGUGGUGGAAUGCUUUCCUUCAAGCGCAUCCGAAUGCCUGGUUACUAUCAACGUGUUUAAGAAUCUUGUCGCGUUUUUGUUCCUAUAUACCGCGGUGGACUGGGUAGCCUCGCAAGGAUGGGUCCAAGUCUAUAUGGUCAUGUUCAUGUUGGUGACGCUUAGCAUCUUUCUCGCAGUCUUGUUCUACUUCUUCGGAAGGAGAUGGAGGAUUAGGAGUGACAACACCAUAUAAGUAAUGCAG